AUGCCCAAAGCACCAAAACUUGUGGAGCGUAGGCCCCCAGGCCCAAAACCGUUAGACCAAGGUCAUUUCAAGUACCUGCUGCGCUGGCAGGAUGGUGCAUCUGACUGCUGGCAGACAUUGCGCAAGCUGUCCCAUCGGCCCGUGGCGCAGAAAGGUGCCACGAUGCCCUGGAAAGACAAGUGCGAGGCUGCCGACCAUGCGGAAACGCCCCUGGCUGCCUACCAGGAUGUCGCGAGGAUCUUGCACCGCGUGGCUGAACACCUGGGCAAGGAUCCAGAGACUCUGCGGAUCUACGACCCGUACUACUGCGCCGGAGCAGUGGUCUCGCAGCUGCGCGGCCUAGGAUUUCUCAGCGUUUACAACCAGCCGGUCGACUGCUAUGCCGCCUGGGAGGCCCUGGAGCUACCAGAGUUUGACGUUUUGGUCACGAAUCCACCAUACUCGGGAGACCACGUCGCCGCUUGGAGGGGCACUUCAAGGUUGAAGAUUCACAGCUGGACAAGGAAGUGUAGUACUCUACCUUUUUCUGGAGUCUCUUAUUGUAGGAUCCGUAAUAUAGGUGAUCAACAACGGUUCACGAUCUUGGUCCAGGCGGGGCUUGAAGUUAGGGUUGGUGAAGUUGGGGGGUGUCGAUUUCCAGGCCUGUAG